UUUUUUACAUGGUAUCAGAGCAGGUUUAGAACCUAGUAUUUUUCGCUUCACCGGCGGGCGGCAACCUCACCUUAGCCGUCCGCCGGACCUCAAUCUAUUCCGCUUAUUUUCUACACAUACCUUCCACUCUCCACAGCCGUAACUCUGCAAGAAGAGAUCUCUAAGCUCUCUCUCCUUUCUCUCGAGAGCUUGUUUUUACCGCUGCUGUACAUUGGAUUGAUGCAAGAACACUAUGUCAGGCAAGGAGGAAGAUGUCAAAGAGCAUGAAGGUGUGGAUGAAGAUGUCCCAGAGGACUCUGAAAAGGCCAUGCCAUCACCCCAACAGGAGGAGGAAGCUGUUAAGAGCAAGUAUGGGCCCAAGAAACCACCACUUAUUUGUAAGGACCAUGAACGUGCUUACUUUGACUCUGCUGAUUGGGCUCUGGGGAAGCAAGGUGGAGAGAAGCCCAAAGGACCACUCAAGGCACUUCAACCUAAACUGCAGCCCACACAACAGCAAACCCGAUACCGGAAAUCGCCUUGUGGUCCGUCAGAUGGUGAAAGAGAGAACACUCCAUCAGAGGAUGCAGCUGCAAAUGAAUGAGAGGCCACUGUUGGUCUUUUGAUGUUGUGAGAACUAGUGGUUCGUAUUCUAAUAUCUAAAUAGGCGACCACUAAAUUUCUGCACUCUCUUUCCACGCAGUUCCCAAACACAUCCUCUACCUCACCUUUAUUUCCAUUAUUAUAAAUGACACCCACCAAUUUGUCAACUUUCCCACCAUUUCGUAUGAUGACAGGAGGAGAUAGCACAUGGAGGGGACACACACAGCAGCACAUAGUCCAAACCCAUUG